AAUUAUUCGAGAUGUGUAAGUGUAAAUUAUACCUCUACUUUGAUGCUUUACUUAAGGGGAUGUAUUCCUCCCUGUGCUGUGUGUACUUUGAGUGACAGAAAGCUGAAACUUCAGAAACUUGGUAUGUCAGGGAAUAGUCCUAAGUUGCCAGAACAGCUGGAAAUAAGAGGAGAAUCCCUAGAAUGGAGGAACCCACAAAGAAGGUGAUCUCCAUUGCUAACUGACCAGCAAAUUACACAGGCAUAGGGAAAUCAAUCUCUAGGGAGCUAAGCUAAAAGAGCAUGGAAAACCAUGAAAAUGAAGCAGAGAUAUCAAAAGCAGCAUGCCCCAGGGGAGGCAAUAAUGGCAGUUUGAAUCCGGACAAGUUAACUGUCAAACAGAACAAACAAACAUAAAAUCAAUAAUACUCAGGGGAAAAAAAACCCAGGAGAAUCCAGAGUCAUUACAAUAUAUUACAAUGUCCAGCUUUCAAUAAAAAAUUAACAGGCAUGUAAAGAAUAGGAAGAAAAGACAGGAGAAAAGGCAGUCGUAGCAAGGGACUCGAGUAUAUCCAGAUAUUUGAUUUAGCAAAGACUUCUAAGCAUUGCUCUUAUUUUGACACAGUAAUUAUAUUGAUUGAUGUUUAAAUGUUAAGUCUAUGUUGCAUUGUACUUCCAUGGCAAUCAUUCUGAGAAGAUAAAAGCCAUGGGACCAGUGUUCUUUCUUCUGUUAUUUGGCACUUAAAUUCAGUAAUUUUGCACUAAAAUAUAAACCCCAUAGAUGUAGGGACUGUUAUGUAUUGCUUUGUUAUCCCUAAUGACUGAAACAGUGUCUGACAUAGAUUGGGUGCUCAAUGAAUAGUUAUUGAAUGAAUGAAUGACUAAAAUAUAAACUAAAAUUACUGGUUGGCUCCAUGAAGAAAGACUUUCAGAUAGUCUCCAUCCAUGGUGAGGCAAUCAAGGGUUGAUCAUGUGACCAGUUAUUAAUCUUAUUUUGUGUCCAUAUUUAAGAUUUUUAAAUAGAUGUUUAAUAGAAGUAAAUAGCAAAAUAAAUUCAUCAUCACUAGCUAAAUAUUGACAUAUCUGUCAUUGCCAUUGAACAUAGCUAUUCAUCACCAGGUAAACAUUACACAUUUUAAACUGUAAGGUACAAAAGGGGUACAAUUAAGUAAUCUGUGAAUUUAAAACAUAUCCAGGGUAGAAUUUCAUUGAAAACAUAAUAGGUGAAUAUAUACUUUAAAUUUUAAAAAAUGAAUAUCUGGUCUUUCAGUUUAAUCCUCUACUGGUCUAUUGACUGUUAAACAAAGUUGCCAAUUUGUAACUUCAAAGGAAAACAAAGUGACCACAAUUAUGUACUGAUAAGUAGAUCUCUAGGAAAGAAAUCAGAGAUCCCCUAAGCAAAGCAUCCAUUGACCCUUUGGAAAUUCUCUUUAAACGAGCAUAAAGCAUGUUAUUAGCCUUUUGGUCACCAGGGGGCAGUGUUGUUUCAGACCAACACAAUUCACACUAUAGCUGUAGUAACUGUCCAGAAAGUACCAACCAGAAUCCAACUGCCAGCUUCACACUGUUACUCCACAAACCCUCACAGUAACUUGUUUACAAGGUGAAUAGCUAAAGGCAGACAAUAUAGGAUGAAGCGAAAUGCUGAAAGAAGAGAAAUGUUACCCAAAUUAUCUGAAAUGCAACACAUUUUGUUCAUUGCUGUAGAGGUUAGUAAGAGACUAACAAAUCUUUACUAAUACAUACCCUGGUACUUACCAUGCUUAUCAAGUCCAAUUGGCUACAGCAAGCACUUCAGAGGGAGAAAUAAAACUUUCAAAGAAGUCAAAUAUUUGUAAAUGAAAAUAAGAAUAGUUUUUGAUGUAACUGGAACAAGAUAAGCUUUGCUUCGUUUGCUGUGCGAAUGGUGAAAUGGUCUUAAAUUUUAAAUAUUGAAUUACACUAGAAUUUUACUAACUGCAGAAGGUGUAAAUUUGAUAGCCACUUUCAUCCAAAUGCUUUGGAUAAAGCUUUGUCUAAGAAUAACCUCAAAUAUUAUUUUAUUUUCAAAUAUUAGGCUAGAAAAAUACUAUCCCAAAUACAGGUUUGAGAUUAAUUCAGAAUAAUAAGACAAAAGUUUGGAGAAGAUUUUAGAAUUAAAUCAUUUCACCCUUCCUAGCUGUUGUUCCCAUUGUAAAUGUGACAUUUUAGUCAAUAAAAUGCAAAAGUGCAAAACAUUUUUAAAUAACAGCAAAACACAAAAUGAAAUUCAUGUUGUGAUUAAUGCAUGUUAUUAGAAUGGAAUUUAAAUUGCAUUCUUGCUUUGCCUUCUUUAAAAAACAUAUAAUGUUAUAGUGAUAUGUUUUCAAACUCUCAUACAGAAUCAAGACCAUCGAGAAAGCUUGCAGAGGAACAUAUCCCAUUCUUACCUCUUAACAGCAAUUUAAAAGUUAAGAACACCCAUACAGAACAUCAGCUAAGCUAGGAAAGGCAAAACUGAUUGGGCUUGUUCUGAAAGUCGAUCUGUGUCAAUCAGAAUAAUGGUCUUUAUAGUGCUAUACGAUUAAGUCUAAUUUCUUAAAUAUGAGGAAAAAUGAACUUUGCAAUUAUUUUUAAAAAUCUUUUCAUUUCUUAGCCAGUGUGAAAAGGCAAAAAACAAAACAAAAAAACACAAGACUUUCCCAAGAUUAGGGGGAAAUGACCUCACUGUUAAUAUUCAUCUGCUGAGAGCAGUUAUGGGACCCAUGUCAGGAGUACAUGCUUCAAAUAAGAUGGGACUUGAGAAUUGCUGGGAGACUUCAGGAACAUUCUUUAACUUCAUGGGGCCUCAGUUAUCCCACCUUUAAGGGGAAUAGUAAUAGCAAUAGUACCUUGGAGGAUUUCUGUGAUAAAAUGAGAAAUGUUUGUGAGAAAUACACAAAAUAUUGGCUUACUGAAAGAUGUUAGGAGGCAAGCAAGUAUGCCUAUUUUCAUUCAAUGUUUAUUAUUUCAAAGGCAAAGUUUCCAUAUAGAUUAAGGCCUUCCUAACAUCUAAAUACCUUUUCUAGUUCUUACUGUAUGAAGAUAAGAAGGAUGGUUGGAGGCUUUGUGAGGAAUACCUUUCUCCUCUGCUCCCCUCUCACUCCCAUAGGCUGGUAGCAGCUGAUUUCACUACCUCAGAUACGCAAAUUGAUGCCACCUUCCUGUAGCCACUUUUGCCAUAGCUGACUUAUUUGUUGGGUGGUGGGGAGGGGAGCGGGCAGGAUUAGGCGAGGGGUAGUAGUUGGGAUUUAUUGGUCUUGGAAUUCAACCAUCCGAUGUAUUUGUUUUCCUGUGUCUACUCCCUUAAGUCUGCAGGCACUGUCUAGUAAUUUUAUAGUUUUCAGCGGCACCCCAGGGGACAGGACACCUUGGCCUUUUCAUAAUCACUCUAGAGUCUCAAAGCAGAAAGGAAAAAAGUUAACGAUCAGCUAUGCAAAGGCUUGUGGGAAUUGCUUAAAGACAGCCGAUUUUCACUUUACCAGAGUUACUAAAGGACUUCAGGAGAAGGAUCCCGUCCCUGCAGGAGCGUUUGUGGUUGAAGAAGCAGGCUAGCGAGCGCUCAGGUGCGCCUCGGCAGCUUGACUGGGGUCCGCAAGCCCGGUGCGACUUAUUAGCUGCUUGCCGCCUACUGACACUCUGGCGGAGAACUGGAGGAGGCGCCCAGUGGGCUCUGGGUUCGGCCCGGAGCAGGGCGUUUCUGAGGAACCGGUCUGGGGUUUCCCAACUCAGGCGAUCAGGAUAGGCAACAGCCAAGAGAGGCGCUCAGUUGCUUUGCACCCUCCUCCCACCUCGGUUCUGUCCACACCCACGGGCGCCCCGCCCCCUUGGCCUUAUAGAGGGGACUCGGCACCUCGGCGCGCCUCGGAGCCAGAGGUUUCCCGGAGAGGAAGGCGCGGCUGCCUCCGGGGCCAGUGAGCCCUGGCGCCGCCGCGGCCGCGGUCCCAGUAGCGGCAUAGGGCGGCGGCUGCGCCCCGCACCAUGGAGGGCAGCCCAGCCACAGCCGCGGUAGCCGCCGACCUCCGCCGCCGCCCGCGCCGCGUCUGCCCCCUCCCGCUGCGGCUCUCUGGACGCUAUCCCCUCCUCACCUCGAAGCCAACAUGAAGGAGACCCGGGGCUACGGAGGGGGUGCCCCCUUCUGCACCCGCCUCAAUCACUCCUACACAGGCAUGUGGGCGCCCGAGCGUUCCGCCGAGGCGCGGGGCAACCUCACGCGCCCUCCAGGAUCCGGCGAGGAUUGCGGAUCGGUGUCCGUAGCCUUCCCGAUCACCAUGCUGCUCACCGGUUUCGUGGGCAACGCACUGGCCAUGCUGCUAGUGUCGCGCAGCUACCGGCGCCGGGAGAGCAAGCGCAAGAAGUCGUUCCUGCUGUGCAUCGGCUGGCUGGCGCUCACCGACCUGGUCGGGCAGCUUCUCACCACCCCGGUGGUCAUCGUCGUGUACCUGUCCAAGCAGCGUUGGGAGCAGCUCGACCCGUCGGGGCGGCUCUGCACCUUCUUCGGACUGACCAUGACUGUUUUCGGGCUCUCCUCGCUGUUCAUCGCCAGCGCCAUGGCCGUCGAGCGGGCGCUGGCCAUCAGGGCGCCGCACUGGUACGCGAGCCACAUGAAGACGCGUGCCACCCGCGCUGUGCUACUCGGCGUGUGGCUGGCCGUGCUCGCCUUCGCCCUGCUGCCGGUGCUGGGCGUGGGCCAGUACACCGUCCAGUGGCCCGGGACGUGGUGCUUCAUCAGCACCGGGCGAGGGGGCAACGGGACUAGCUCUUCGCAUAACUGGGGCAACCUUUUCUUCGCCUCUGCCUUUGCCUUCCUGGGGCUCUUGGCGCUGACAGUCACCUUUGCCUGCAACCUGGCCACCAUUAAGGCCCUGGUGUCCCGCUGCCGGGCCAAGGCCACGGCAUCUCAGUCCAGUGCCCAGUGGGGCCGCAUCACGACCGAGACGGCCAUUCAGCUCAUGGGGAUCAUGUGCGUGCUGUCAGUCUGCUGGUCUCCGCUACUGAUAAUGAUGUUGAAAAUGAUCUUCAAUCAGACAUCAGUUGAGCACUGCAAGACACAUACAGGGAAGCAGAAAGAAUGCAACUUCUUCUUAAUAGCUGUUCGCCUGGCUUCACUGAACCAGAUCUUGGAUCCUUGGGUUUACCUGCUGUUAAGAAAGAUCCUUCUUCGAAAGUUUUGCCAGACAAUGAAAGAACGGAGUCGGACAUUUUAUUGCAAUUCCUGCUUCCCUGAAUUUGCGUAUUUCUUCCCACCUGACAAGGAGAAUUAUAUUUUGAUUUGGAUUAUUUCUUCAUUUUUAUCUGUUUAUUUUAAUGAUUGUUUUGUUGGUAAUAUCCAUGGAGAUCAACUUUAUUAUUAUUAUCCAUGCCUCCGAAUAUUAGAUUGGUUUCUUGAAUGGCAUUUUGAAUAUACAUUUAAGAAGUUGGGAAGAAUUUCACAGAUGAUGAUUGGAGGAAAAGUGAUGAAAAGAAAGACCUGUGUUCCACGAAUUUUCUCCAGCUUCAAACCUUUACAUGAAUCUUAACUGAAGUGGACAUCUUUACAUUUCAUGACAGCUUGAUUUUACAAUAUGAGUUUGAAAAAUCAGUAUAAGUUUACGAUGGUGAAAAGUCAACAUAUUGAGAGCAAUAAUUCAAUUAAUAGAAUAUGAACUUAAUGAGAUAUAAAAGCAAAUGAGGGCAGGAGGGAAUAGUGACAAAAAUAUUUGUGCCCAAUUAUGAUUAAUGUUUUAGAGAUGUUGUGUCCUUGUGGGCUUAGCAUGGAACUAAAAGUUUCUGAGUUUCAAUUCUGGUUGUGUGUCAUUUAGUAACUCAGGAAUCUGCUUAAUUGUUAUUUCUAAGCUUUUGACGACAAAGGAGUGAUGCAGCUAAGGGCAUCCUUGAAGUGUCAUAAAAAACAAAUUUGAGAUUGGAUGAUUAGCUGCACAGUUAGAGUGAUAAAAAAUCCAGGCAUGCCUUCUGAUUCACCAUGAUCAAGUCAGGAUUUCUUAGUAUUUCUUUGCUGGCAGCAUAUACGAAGGCAAAAUUAAUAAAUAACAUAGUUGUUGAAUAACAAAUUUUGUAACAUUUUUAUAAAACAAAAGAAUCUAUUUUGUCUGUAUUAAAAUAAAAAACUUUGUGGACUUUUAAAAGAUACACUUGAGUCAUCUAAUAGUUUUCAAAUGAUAUGCUUACCUGCUU